AUGACGGACAGCAAGAGUUGGCCGUCGCUCGCUGAGCUCGAUCCCGAGUUCGACGCGGUCGCGAAAUCCAUUGGAGGUGCACCUGAUCUUGGGGCGUUUCCUGACAUUGAGACAUUGAGAAAAUUCCUGGCCGAUGCCAAAGCCCAAGCCAGUGCUACAGGUGGAGCGAUCCCAGGUGUUAAGGAAACUGAUCAUCAAGUCAGCAUGCGAGACGGUCACAAGAUCCUGGUCAGAACCUACGCUGCCGAGAGCCCUACCUCGGGAGGCGGACCUCUUGCAGUCCUCUAUCACGGAGGAGGUUGGUGCAUUGGUGACGUUGCAGGCGAAGAAGCUCUCUCUCGACUGCUGGUUUCGAAGCUCGGUAUGGCUGUUGCGAGUGUCGAUUACAGGUUGGGCCCAGAGUUCAAGUUUCCCUUUGCCCACCACGACUGCUACGAUGCUACAAAAUGGGCUGUCUCCGAGGCGGCAAGCUUUGGAGCUGAUCCUGCCAAAGGUUUCUUACUUGGAGGAACGUCCGCUGGGGGGAAUUUGACGGCGACAGUCUCCCAUUUGUGGCGAGACGAUAAAAUGAGCCCGCCCGUGACUGGCUGCCAUCUCAUGAUACCAGCACUGUGCCACUCGAGCGCGAUGCCUGAAGAGUUCAAGGAAGAGGCUCGAUCGGAAGCCCAGCUGCCGAAUGCUGCGAUUCUCAGCAAAAAGUCGAUGGAUCUCUUCCGAGAUAACUUCAUUCCAAACGAAAAGGAUCUCAGAGAUCCGUUGUUCAGCCCUCUGAUUUGGCCCACGGGACACCGCGGCCUUCCGCCUCAUUACUUCCAGGUCUGUGGAGCUGAUCCGUUGAGAGAUGAGGCACUCAUAUAUGAGCGUCUGCUUCGGGAGAAAGAAGGAGUCAAGACAAGACUUGAUAUUUACAAGGGCCAGCCACAUGGGUUUUGGAGCAUCUUCCCCCAGAUGAAAGCCGCUCAGAAAUUUGUGGAAGACUCCGUGAAGGGUGUGGAGUGGCUGUUGCAGCAGAAGUAG